AUGGCCUCCUCAACUCCCACCACCUAUUUGCUCCCUCGCGAUCGCUUCGAGGCCACCAGGCUCUCCUCCCAGCAUUUACUCUGGCAGCUCCACACGGGCUAUCUCCUCCACCCCGACAUCCCCCUGAAGGAGGGUAUGACCAUUGCGGACAUUGGGACUGGCACUGGCAUCUGGGCCCUCGAGCUCUCCCCUCACCUCCCCCGCAACGCCCAGGUUGGCGGCUACGACAUCGCGAGCACCCACUUCCCUGCCUCAGAGUACUGGCCCGCACACAUGCGCUUCGACCACCUCGACUCGCUCAGCGAGGCGAUCCCCGACCCACUGGUCGGGCACUUUGACGUAGUGCAUCUGCGCAUGUGGGCGUUUGUCAUCCGGGACAACGACCCCAGCGCGCUGAUCCGGCAUGCGGAGAGAUUAAGAUAA